AUGUACAGCUUUGUAUGUUUCCUUGUAAUUAAUUCUGUUCAUUCACAAAUGUUUCAACCUGUAAUGUUUAUGCCUAUUCAAUAUCCAAUGUUUGGAAAUCCAUUUGAUAAUGGGUUUGAAUUGGUAUCUAAAAUAUUUUCGAAAUUUUUUGCUGAAAAUCUGAUAAUUAUAGGAAUAUUCUCCACUUACUCAAAUAGUUUCAUCAAUUGCUCAUAUGAUGGAACUUCAUCAUAUAGAUCAAUCAAGAAGAAUGCAUUAUGAACCAAAUAUUCAACCGCAACCUGUUUUUCAUCCAAAAUCUCAAAAUUCUCAGAAAUUCAGUCUCAUCCCGUACAGUCAAACAAAUCAAUUUCCAUCUCAAAUGUCUUUUCCAUCUUCUUCUUCGAGAGUUGUGAAUUCUCUACCUUGUGAGUUUAUCCUAACAAUUUCUUCAGUGAAAACAAUUUUUUUUAGCCAAAAACCUGCCUCCAGUGAUGUAUAAAAUCGGUGAUUUGAUGUCAUCGAACAAUAAAAAUCAAGAGAAUCUUUAUGAUCUUCGGAAAAUUCAAGGAUUUCCGAUUUUGAAAACAGAAGACACUGAUUUCGAUAAGGAAAGACCGGAGAGAAAACAAGUUAAAAUUUUCGAUUUAGCGAAACGAUUUCUGGGUUUAGGUAAGAACUUUGAAAACAUUUUGGAAUAA